AUGGCUCGUAAUGAAGAGAAAGCUCAAUCGAUGCUCAACCGUUUCAUCACCAUGAAAGCCGAAGAGAAAAAGAAACCGAAAGAACGCCGUCCUUUUCUCGCCUCCGAGUGCCGCGACCUCAACGAAGCAGACAAAUGGCGUCAACAGAUAAUGCGCGAGAUCGGUCGUAAAGUCGCCGAGAUCCAGAACGAAGGUCUCGGCGAGCACCGUCUCCGUGACCUUAACGACGAAAUCAAUAAACUCAUUCGGGAAAAAGUUCAUUGGGAGCGGCGAAUUGUCGAGCUCGGUGGUCCGAAUUACGCUCGACAUUCGGCUAAAAUGACUGAUCUCGAUGGAAAUAUUGUAGAUGUUCCAAACCCUAGCGGCCGUGGUCCUGGCUAUCGUUACUUCGGCGCUGCGAAGAAACUCCCCGGUGUGCGUGAGUUGUUUGAGAAACCGCCUGAGCUUCGCAAGCGGAGAACUCGAUAUGAUAUAUAUAAGCGAAUCAAUGCAGCUUAUUAUGGUUACCGCGACGAUGAGGAUGGUAUUCUUGAACGCCUUGAGGCACCUGCUGAGGAAGGUAUGCGAGAUGAAGCGAAAGAGGAGUGGCGUCGGCUUGAUAUGAUAAGAAAGGAGGCUAGAAAGGCUGUUCGGAGUGGGGAGGUUGCUGAGGUUUCAACUGCUGCUAGGGAGAUACUUCAUGAGGAGGAGGAAGAUGUGGUGGAGGAGGAGAGGAUGAAGGAGAGGGAGAUGAGGAGGUUGGAUGAGAAACAUAGGGAAUUUAUUGUUCAUGUGCCGUUGCCGGAUGAGAAGGAGAUUGAGAAGAUGGUGUUGCAGAAGAAGAAGACGGAUUUGUUGAAUAAGUAUGUUAGUGAUGUUCUCAUGGAGGAGCAGACUGAAGCUAAGGACUUGCUUAACAUUCAUCGUUAG